AUGGCGGCUGUAGGAUUUAAGUGGACGGAGAUGCAGCAAAGAGGCCCCCAUGAGAGUCCCUGGUAUGACCAUGGAUAUAAGAAUCACCUCAAGGCUCUGGAGAGAUUAAUUGGCACAGCAACUGUCUCCCUGAAGGACCUGAUCGGGGACCAGAACAGAUCCUUGCCCUACAAACAGAUCUCCCUGCUAAACGAAAAGCAACAAGACACUGGGGCCACCAUUGACCUGGUGAUCGGAUAUAGCCCACCUUCAACUCCACAUCCAAAUGACCCAAGCGGGACCAGCAUGCCAGGCAUGGGAGAAGAGGAGGAAGAAGACCCAGGAGAUGAAGAAAGGGCAGAUGGCAUGGUCAGGAGCCCUGGGCCCAAGGGGACUUCUGGGACAGUGUCAGAGGCUCAGCUUGCCCGCAGGAUCACCAAAGGAAAGAACAGCCGCAGGAUGCUGUCCAACAAGCCACAGGAUUUCCAGAUCCGAGUCAGAGUGAUUGAGGGCCGACAGUUAUGCGGCAACAAUAUAAGGCCUGUGGUGAAAGUUCACAUCUGUGGCCAGACACACCGAACAAGAAUCAAGAGAGGGAACAAUCCAUUUUUUGAUGAGUUAUUUUUCUACAAUGUGCACAUCACACCUUCUGAGCUCAUGGAUGAGAUCAUCAGCAUCCGGGUUUAUAACUCCCAUUCUUUGAGGGCAGAUUCCCUGAUGGGGGAAUUUAAGAUUGAUGUUGGAUUUGUUUAUGAUGAACCUGGCCACGCUGUAAUGAGGAAAUGGCUUCUUCUCAAUGACCCAGAGGACACCAGCUCAGGUGCAAAAGGUUACAUGAAAGUCAGCAUGUUUGUCCUGGGAACUGGAGACGAACCCCCUCCUGAGAAACGGGAUCGUGAUAGUGACACUGAUGACGUGGAGAGCAACUUGUUACUUCCGGCGGGCAUCGCCCUCCGGUGGGUAACCUUCUUGCUGAAGAUCUACCGAGCUGAGGACAUCCCGCAGAUGGACGAUGCCUUCUCCCAAACGGUGAAGGAAAUAUUUGGCGGCACUGCAGACAAGAAAAAUCUUGUGGACCCUUUUGUGGAAGUCUCCUUUGCUGGGAAAAAGGUUUGCACAAAUAUAAUUGAGAGAAAUGCAAACCCUGAAUGGAAUCAAGUUGUCAAUCUUCAGAUCAAGUUUCCCUCCAUGUGUGAGAAGAUAAAACUAACAGUCUAUGACUG